UUGAUGAAAAUGAAAUGAGAAUAUGAAACCCGCAGGUCGUGGUGCUCUUAUCAUUUCUCUGCUUGUGUUGUGGACUGUGUGUGGAGCUGAAGAACACACAGGAGAAACACAGCACACACACAGUGGAGAGGAGGAGCUGAUCAACAGGGACGGGAGGACCGAUUUAUCGGACCAGCGUGUACCGUCCGAUACUAACAGGCUCAACGCUACUGAAACAUCUGGCAAUGACACCCUGCCCAGCACCACAGCAGCUGCCAAGGUGGCGACCGCGGCUCCGCCCACGGUCAAGCCCAUAUUGCCGGAACACACGGGGGUCAAAGCGCAAGAGGAGGAGCAGUCCAGCGGCAUGAGCAUCUUCUUCAGCCUGCUGGUGAUUGGUAUCUGCAUCAUACUGGUUCACCUGCUGAUCAAGUUCAAGUUGCACUUCUUACCUGAGAGUGUGGCCGUCGUUUCACUGGGGAUCCUGAUGGGCGCGGUUAUAAAGAUCAUCGAGACGCUGGAGUUGGCCAACUGGAAGGAAGAGGAGAUGUUCAGACCCAACAUGUUCUUCCUCCUCCUGCUGCCACCCAUCAUUUUUGAAUCAGGAUACUCGCUUCAUAAGGGAAACUUUUUCCAGAAUAUCGGCUCCAUCACGCUGUUCGCCGUCAUCGGAACCACCAUUUCUGCCUUCAUCGUCGGAGGAGGGAUUUAUUUCCUCGGCCAGGUGGAUGUUAUUUACAAGAUGACCAUGACUGACAGUUUUGCGUUCGGCUCGCUCAUCUCGGCGGUGGAUCCGGUGGCCACCAUCGCCAUCUUCAACGCUCUGAACGUGGAUCCCGUGCUGAACAUGCUGGUGUUCGGAGAGAGCAUUCUCAACGACGCCGUGUCCAUCGUCCUCACCAAUACGGCGGAGGGCUUCGGCGGCUCUGACGUCUCCUCGGUGACGGGAUGGCAGACGUUCCUUCAGGCUCUGGGUUACUUCCUCAAAAUGUUCUUCGGUUCGUCGGCUCUGGGCACGCUCACCGGCCUCAUCUCGGCCCUCUGUCUGAAGCACUUCGACCUGAGGAAGACUCCGUCCCUGGAGUUCGGGAUGAUGUUCAUCUUCGCGUAUCUGCCGUACGGUCUGGCCGAGGGGAUCAAACUUUCCGGUAUCAUGGCGAUCCUGUUUUCGGGGAUCGUGAUGUCUCAUUACACUCAUCACAAUCUGUCUCCGGUCACUCAGAUCCUCAUGCAGCAGACCCUGCGCACCGUCGCCUUCAUGUGUGAGACGUGUGUGUUCGCGUUCCUCGGACUUUCCAUUUUCAGUUUCCCCCACAAGUUCGAGUUCUCCUUUGUCAUCUGGUGCAUCUUUUUGGUGCUUCUCGGUCGAGCUGUGAACAUUUUCCCCCUGUCCUUCUUCCUCAACUUCUUCAGAGACCACAAGAUCACCCCAAAAAUGAUGUGCAUCAUGUGGUUCAGUGGCCUCCGGGGGGCGAUCCCGUACGCUCUGAGCCUCCACCUCGGCCUGGAGCCCAUCGAGAAGCGCCAACUGAUCGGCACCACCACCAUCGUCAUCGUCCUUUUCACCAUCCUGCUUCUGGGGGGCGGAACCAUGCCGCUCAUACGCAUCAUGGACAUCGAGGACAGCCAAUCACGACGCAGGAACAGGAAGGACAUCAAUCUGAGCAAGACGGAGAAGAUGGGCAACACCAUCGAGUCGGAGCAUCUCUCGGAGCUGACGGAGGAGGAGUACGAGGCCCAGAUCGUACAGAGGCACGAUCUGAAGGGCUUCCUGUGGCUGGAUGCCAAAUAUCUCAAUCCCUUCUUCACCCGGAGGCUCACGCAGGAGGACCUGCUGCACGGGCGCAUCCAGAUGAAGACUCUGACCAAUAAAUGGUACGAGGAGGUACGACAGGGUCCCUCCGGCUCCGAGGAUGAGGACGAUGAAGCCGAGCUGCUUUGAGCCUUUGUGAUUCGGGCCGUUCUUUUUCCCGAUCCUGGUGCAUCCAGCUGGAUGUGGGGAGUUCGCCCGGUUCCGGGUUCCUGCGAGCUUGUUAGCGCAGCGCUGGAGGAAGAACAAUUCAGAUGAAGGAGGAGAAGCAGGAAGAUGAAGAAAUCUUCGCUCUGCAGGUUUACAGCGUUUCUCAUGAGGAGGUUUUGGUUUCUUUAAUCUGAAUUAUAAAUGCAGGAACGCUGAGCGCUCAGGUAACGGGUGUAGUUUUAAUUAUGGGUAUUUAUUUGGAAUAUGGUUCUGAGGGAAGGAGAUUUUAUAUGCUAACAUGCUAAUAUACGUUCUAUUGUGCUAAUAAGUGUAGCAACACACUGAUUUAAUCACAGCGGAGCGACUGAGAAUGAAUGUGAUUAUUACUGUUAUUAAAAUAAUUAAACACAGGGGUGUCCUCCAACUGUGAGGGGACCCACAUAGAUUAAUGAAUUAAUAAAUCAGCUAAUUUUACACUGUAUUAAUUAAUACAUUUAGUGAAAUGUUGUUUUUUUCUUACCUGGCUGUAUUAGUUUGGUUCUUCUUUGGUGUGGGGGUAAUAAUCUGGGACAGUGGUAAAACACACUAGCACACCAGUGCUGACAUUGUGAGCUCUGCUAAAGGCAGGACGAGGAUGGGCUGGUCUGAGGGUGGGAACGCCGUAUGGAUUCACCAUAACUGAUGCUGCUGCAUGGAAAUAUUGGAGAUCUGUGCAGGACUCUCUGUGCGUGAUACAAAUCUCCAUAUAAACCCGCCUGGUGCAGGUGAAAAGAAGCGGUCACUACAGUCAGGGCCCUCCUCAGUCUGUAGUGGACAUCUGCAGCAGUAUUUAAUACUGAGUUAAUCAUGUGUGAUGUGUAAACACUGACUCCCCUGCAGGUUGUAUUUAAAAUAAUUCCACAAUGAAGGAGGUUCAUUUGAAGAAACUGUUUGAAUAAAAUCUGUUCAGCCUAAAUGAAGUCGGAAUGUUCUGUAUGGACUGAAUAAUUCAGAAUAAAAUAAUUUGUCUCAUUUUAUUA